AGUGACACUUAAAUUUAUCAUCAGCAUUGCGGUACUUUGGGAAAUUUGCAUUCACGAGAUUUUCACGAAUCGGUUCCGCGACUCGUGUGCACUUGUGCAGCUUCACACCUGGCAGCGAAAUGACUUCCAAGGUCCUUUUGAACAAAAUCUCCAACCUUUCGGCGAGGCACGUAUACGUGGUGAACUUUGUUCCCUCGCUCUCGUUCGCCACCAAACCGCCGACGUCGGACAAAACGCCGAGUCCACGGAUGGAGGAGUUCCAGAAGAAACUGCGCGAGAAGACGCCGAUCGGUAAGUUGGACGAGAUUGUCGGCAAACAUCCGUACCAGGAGAAGGAACCCCUGCCGGCAUGGCCCAACAAUACGAACCCCAACACCGGGGAAGUUGGCGGUCCCCGAGGACCAGAGCCAACGCGGUAUGGGGACUGGGAGCGCAAGGGGCGAGUUUCGGACUUUUAAGGUGGUCGUUGAAUCUCGUCUCCAGUGCGUGAAUCUAGUUUUUAGUGAUAGCAGUAAUGGCAAUACAGAGUAAAAGGGUUUAUUUAGAAUAGAUUUUAAAACUUCGUGUUAAAUAAACAAAAAAAAUAGAUGAUAGAUAACGUUUGGAAAAUAAAACCACUUGCCAAAAUAUUCUUUGUGGCUCUAUAA